UAUUGAACCUAGUUGAUUACAUUUUGUAGAUAAGUCUACUUUGUUUACUUUGAAUAAACUAUACGAUAGCGAAGAUGUCGGAUAUUAAUCUUUCAGCAGUUCUUUAUAAGAAGGGUGAUCUUCGAUUGGAAGAUAGGGGUAUUCCGGAGCCUGGUCCCGGUGAAGUGCAAAUUUCAAUGCAAAAAGUUGGUAUUUGUGGAUCAGAUGUGAAAUACUGGACAGCAGGUGCCAUUGGAGAUUUUAUUGUAAAAGGCCCUAUAUUACUUGGUCAUGAGGCCAGCGGAAUAGUCACUAAACUCGGACCAAAUGUAAAAAAUCUUAAAGUUGGUGAUAGAGUGGCAAUGGAUCCACACAUCACAUGUAGAUCAUGUGAGUUCUGUAAAGGAGGGCGGUAUAACAUGUGUCCUGAUCUGUUCUUCUUGGCUACUCCCCCAGACAGUGGUGCUUUGGCACGAUACCAUGUUCAUGCAGCAGAUUUUGUUUUCAAACUACCAGACAAUGUUAGCUUUGAAGAAGGAGCAUGCGUAGAACCUCUCUCUGUUGGUCUCAAUGCUUGUAGAAGAGUUGGUGUUACUAUGGGAAACCAUGUUCUUAUAACUGGGGCAGGUCCAAUUGGUCUUUGCUCUCUGCUUGUGGCAAAGGCAUAUGGAGCUGCAUCAAUAUGCAUUACUGAUGUUGAUGCUAAGAGACUAGAAUUUGCCAAAACACUGGGUGCUACUCAUACAUACCUAAUAGGUAAAGAUGACAAACCAGAAGAACUAGGUCUUAAAAUAGGUGAAAUGAUGGGUGGACCACCACAUCAGACCAUAGAGUGUAGUGGGGCACAAUUUUCUGUAGACCUUGCAGUAUAUGCUACAAGACAUGCAGGUGCAGUUGGAAUCAUUGGUCAUGGACCACCACGAGUCUCAUUCCCAAUUGUAACUACUGUGGCAAAAGAACUGGAUAUUAAAGGUUGUUUCAGAUAUGUCAACACAUGGCCGACACUGAUAGAAAUGAUAUCUGCUGGACAAAUCAAUGUUAAACCAAUCAUUACACAUAACUUCACCAUUGAGGAAACUUUACAAGCAUUCGAGACUGCUAAAAGUGGUGCUGGCAUCAAAGUGAUGAUAGACUGUGCCAAGAAAAUGGCUUAAUAGAUAUUCUGGCAAACAAAAUGAGUUUUAAUUCAAUUUUAUUAUGAAGACUAAAGUAAUUAAAGAUUUUUUUAAACUUUGAAA